AUGCAACAGGUGGCAGAAAACUUACUGACUGAUAUUGCAAAACCUUGGCAGAAAACUGCUAGAUUCUACUUUAGAGCUCAGAAACACAGCAGUGACAAUGAUAUCUUGCUUCAAGCUGUCGGGAGCGGGGAAGAGAAGGCUCAGACACAGUGGGCCGGGACUGAAGUUGAGGGAGGUGAACAAGAGCUGGUGCUUCAGUCUGACAUCUGGGCUGAGCUGAAGAAUCUGAGAGACAUAGUGGUGGAGCAGAGAGUAGAGCUGAGGCACCUGACGGCCAGAGUGACAGCUGCUGAGAGCCUGGUGGAGGCCUUGCAGAAGGAGAACACAGCCAUGGAGGCCAGGAUAACCGCUGCUGAGAGCUUGGCAGAGGAACUGCAGAUGGAGAAUGACGCUCAAGCUACAGAGCUUUCAGUCACUCAGCAGAAGCUCAGCUCUCUGCAGCAAAGAUUGACAGUCAGUGAAUGUCGCGUGGAGGAGCUGGCAAAACAGCAGGAAGGACAAAAUGAAACAGUGCAGGAACUUCAAAAUACCAACAAAGUGAGAAAACUGGCUUUUUCUGCCUCCCUUCUGGCAUCUGGUGAAGGUAACACAGGCAAUGCAGAUAUUGUUCAACUCAUCUACAAAAAUGUCUUUACCAACAUUGGAAACCACUACAACUCAAACACAGGUUACUUCACUGCACCAGUAAAAGGAGUGUAUUACUUCAGAUUUUCUGGCCAUGUAGCACACACUAAUAGAGGUAUGUUGAUGAGACUUGUCAAGAACGAACAUCUCAUAGUAGCUGCAGGUGACCGUCACACCACAUACUUAGAUGCUGAGGAUUGUGCGUCCAUUGGUGCAGUGUUGCAGUUAGAAGUGGGAGAUGUUGUUUCGUGCCACUAUUAA